AUGAUAGCUCCUGAGAAACCAAGCAAUAACCCUAAGUUCUUGCGAGUUUCUACUCUUUGUAGGCUAGAGGCUGACAAUGAAGAAGAGUUUUGGAACAUUGAGAAGAAAAAGUAUCAUAAAGAUACAACUGAAACCAGUGGGACUGUUCAGAGGCUGUCUAAGUUAAACAAAUCAACAAAGAAACCUCUUGUAAGUAAUCAAGACAAAGGAAGAAGAGGCCGAGAUGCUUGGGGUUCACGUCUCUCUUCUUUGCCUUGGUAA